GAGCUUUUUUUCCUUUUGAAUAUCCUCAUACGUCAUAAUAAUUCGUUGCCAUUUCGGAUAAUAAUACUUCCGACAAAUUAGUUAUAUAGCGAGCAAGUUCCUUGACGAUUUAGUUCCUAACAAACCACCAAAAAGAUACGUUUUUCAAAUUGUUAUUUAAAGUGAAAGUUAUGGGUGAUUUUAAUAUGAACUUUAUAUGGAUUUUAUUAUUGAUUAGUUGUACAGGGUCUAUGGCCGUCGUGAAUAAACACCGGAUCCCUUGGCUUAAAAUUAGAUUCAAUAAUAAAGAACCUUUUGAAAAUUUUGCAAGUCGAUAUACGAACAUUUUAUCAGAUCGAAGCCAGCUCCAGCGACCAGAAAAUGGUGACCCCUGCGACAGUAUCAUCCCGCCACGACCAAGGUGGAAUUUUGGUCAACGCAUCAGUGAUAAAAGAUGCACAGAAUACAUGAGUGAUAUGAUGUACCGAAAUACGCUAAAAGACAGGCAAGAGAAGUGUCUGCAAAAACAUGGCAAGAAACCUGGUCAAACAUACAUACGAUUAUUACACAAACAUUCAACCAAACAAGGAGAAUAUCCACACAUGGCAGCUAUUGGUUGGAGACGGAGGCUACGGAACAGCUGGGCAUUUCUCUGCGGAGGCAGUCUCAUAAGCCCGAACUUCGUCCUGACAGCAGCCCACUGUGGCUCACAAUCCACCGCAGUAGUAACUAGUAAAUACUUGAGGAAAGCACAACCAGAUAUCGUCCGAUUGGGAUCUACGUAUAUCAAGACACGCCGUAAUCCAGAAUCUGAUGUAACAAUCAAACAGUUCAUACAACAUCCGUAUUGGGAUCCACCCAAACAUUAUUACGACAUAGCGCUGGUGGAGUUGGCCAAACCAGUGACGUUUUCAAAAACUGUCCAACCAGCAUGUCUGCCAGGAUCAUUUACAUCGAAAUAUGAUGCUUAUAUUACUGGUUGGGGAGUUACAGAUGAAACAGCUAAAAAACUAUCACCAGUACUUCAAGCAGCAGAGGUCGACAUUAUAGAUUCAAGUGAAUGCAACACACUGCUGACUCCAUUUUCAAAUAGGAAUUGGUGGGGUGUGAUGGACCACCAGUUAUGCGCAGGGAAACUCGAAGGUGGCGUUGAUACUUGCCAAGGAGACUCUGGUGGACCUCUACAACUCAAGCUUCAAGAGACGAAGCAUGAAGGAAGUAUGCACAUGGUGAUUGGAGUAACAUCAUUCGGGUUUAAAUGUGGACUCAAAGAUAAGCCCGGAAUAUACACAAGGGUUUCUAGCUUUAUGGAUUGGAUAGAAAGUAUAGUUUGGCCACAAUAACUUGGAAUUAAUGGUAUUUCUAACUACCUUGAAAUUUGUGAAUUGUUAAGUGAAGUGAAGUUACUGGUUAAUUUACACUCUCGAAGCCUACUUGACACUUUAUUUGUUGAUCGUGAAAAGAUCCCUAAGUGAAGUGAGGUUAUAAGAUUUUUUGCGGCCAUUUUGGCGAAUUGUUGUCACGAUGCUCAGCUUUUUUUAGGAACAUGAAGUACAAACACUCAGUGUGUUAACGUUACCAUACUAUAGUUUUAAGGUAAUAUUAAUCAUUUAUUAUUGAAAUUAAAAUGUGAUAUUUAUUUAAGUAAUCUUGGGAUAAUACUUUUAUUGUCUUAGCUUGAAGCAAUUGCGAUACACUGAAUUUUGUAUAAAGUAAUAAAUAAUGAUAAAUUAACUGAUUUAGUUUUGUUUGAACCCCGUAACCAAAGGGUUAUAAUAAUAAUAAUAAUAUAGCCUUUAAAUUCCGAAACUCUGUAAUUUUAUACAUCUGAAUUUUAAUAUAUUUUCACUCCAGUAUA